AUGGAAGACCUCGCAGUGGUGUUUCAUGAGUUAGGGAUGACCCAGUAUUUACACAGGUUCAUCGGAAAUGGCUUCGAGACAUGGAACGAUGUUUUGGAAAUCACUGAAAUUGAUUUGUAUGGUUUCAACAAAUCUCUUCUUGCGCUCAAUAUAAUGCAGAGGUUGCAACAGCGAGUUGCAAAGGAGAGAAACGAUUUCCGCAAUCGGCCGGCACAGCAGGGCGAAUACAGCAACUGUUCUAAACAAAAGAGGCGAUACCAGUGGCAUCCUAAGCCCGACCCAAAUGCCCCAAAAAAGCCGUUGACUGCAUACGCAGUGUUUGCGAAUGAAAAACGAGCUGAACUUCAGUAUAAGGCCUUGUCGUUUCCUGAAAUGGCAAUCGAAAUUGGCAGACUGUGGAGAGAAUUGCCAGAAAAUGAAAAGAAGAUCGCCCAAGCACGCGCGACCCAGGCGCGAGAAGAGUACAAGAUUGCCCUUGGGGAAUACGAAAACUCAGACAAUUAUAACACACAUGUGAGGUACCUGAAUGAAUGGAAAGCUAGAAAUUCAACAGACAGGAGAAUGGAAGAGAAGAGAUCUCAGAGCAAUACCAGUUCACCUCAAUAUGUUGAAAGAAGUCCAGUAUCGAUGGAAACUAGUGCAGAGAGCCAACUAAACCAUGCAUUGAGGGGAGGUAGUUUGAGAAAUACCCUACCUAACGGCUGGGGUUCGUCAAAUCCAUGUCAUCUGGUGGAGCACAUUCCGGACACGUUUGGGUGGUCAUUAUCUCAUAAAAACCCACAUAAUCAAAUAGGUGGUGAUGAACGCCUUUUCGAUAACGCUCCUUCAACCUUGAGCAGUUUGAACAUGCGAAACGGAGAUAUAGAUGUUGAGUACGAAGACGAUGCAUUGGGCUGCACGUCAUUUUGGUCGGCGGGUAGCCGACAUUAA